AUGCCAAAAAGGAGAUGUGUUUUUGCUCCUAAUUUAAAAUCCGAAUUUCCUUUUUUAAAAGAUGCUGAUGAAGUUGGAAAAGUGUUUUGUACAAUAUGUAAAUCGGUAUUUUCUAAAGAACAUGGUGGACUUUCAGAUAUAAAACAACACACCACAAAAGUGAAAAAACAUUUAUUGGCGUUAUCAGCUGCAUCAAAAAAUGAAAAGGUAACUUCUUUUUUUUUAAAGAAUAAUAGUUGAUCCACUGACGAAAGUAGACGUACCGCAGCACAAGAAGGUAUAUUCGCAUUUCAUACAGUUGUACACAAUUACUCAUUUCGAUCGAUGGAUUGCACAUCAUCUCUUUUAAAACAAAUUUAUAAUAAAAAAUUCACUUGUGCUCGAACUAAGGCUGAAUCGAUUGUUUUAAAUGUGCUAGCUCCUUUCGCCAUGCAACAGAUUUGUAAGGAAUUAGAAAAUAUGAAUUUUGCUAUAAUCAUGAUAGAUUCUCUUUAACCAUAAAAAUCUGAAAAUCGUACCCAUUUUAAUACGUUAUUUUAAUCCAAAUUUGGGAGUACAAAUUUAAGUUUUUGAAGUGACAAAUUUAAAAGGAGAAACAGCAGAUAUUUUAUCAAAUUACAUAAUUGAAAGUUUGAAAAAAUACAAGUUAUUGGAUAAAAUUAUUAACAUAACAUUGACACAACUAACAUAUCAGCAAUUUUAGAAUAUGCUUUAGCAAUGCCGGGUACAAAUGCUGCAGUAGAAAGGAUUUUUUCUACCAUUAAUUUCUUAUGGACGGACGAAAAAAAUCGUUUUUAGUUGAAACUAUAAAAUCAAUUAUCAUAGUGAAAACACAUUUUUCAAACUAUUCUUGCAAUGAUUUUUAUAAUAUUUUAUUAAAAGAAAAUAAAUUACUUGAUGCAAUUAGUUCAGCACAAAAGUAUACAAAAAUAGCAGAAGACCAACCAUCGUCAUCAAAAUAAAUAUUUUUGUAUACUUUAGAGCUGAACUAAUUGCAUCAAGUAAUUUAUAUAUAUAUCAAAAACAUGAUACAGUACUCAUUAAAUUUAAAUUUGUUUUUUUUAUAUUAUUAUAUUUAGUUAGGCAACUUAUACAAUACAUCUAUAAUAAUUCUUAACUAGUUCACCAUUAAUAUAAAAAUAAAAUUGUUUUCAUGUAUCUACUAUGUAUUAAAAAAAUUAUUCAUCAGAUUAUUUUGUUUUUUGAAAUGUCCCGUAUUUUUAUUUUAUUUUUAUGGUCACCCUAUGUUAUAGACAUAAGUUACGGAAUAUUUAUUUUAUUGAAUAUAUUGUUCAUUAUUCAUUUAUUAGUAUUUCAUACAUGAACGGACAGUACUUUUGGUGUGUUGACAUAUCAGCGGUGCCUCGGUGGCGUUGUUCUCGGUCAAAUACGACUUUAUAACUAACGAUAAAAAUAACAAUCUCAUGGGCCUAUCUACUCGCCACUAUCGUCGCCUUCUCGGGUUAUCGCUAUUCGUAUAUUUCGGUAUGGCACAAUAAGUGUAAUAAUUGUUUUUAUGUUUCAUUUUAUAUUAUUUGUUUGUUUGUCAAUGUGAACUGAAGCUUGUCGACGCUGACAUUGUGGAAGACACCAACGCGAAAGAGAAAGUUUUGAGUUACUGUAUUAUAACAGACAUGUAGGAAUUAAUCAAUGCUAAGAGAGCUGAUAGUUGGUUUCAUGGUUUGACUAUGCACUGUAUGUCAACGAGUUCAGCUGAGCCAGGUAGGAGAGCUAGGCUAGCAUCUAUUUCGUUGCCGAAGUUCGAAGGCGACAUUAAAGAACGGGAAUCGUUUUUCGAUUACUAUAUGGUUCAUGAUGCACAGUGGUCUGGGAAUGAAAUUUAG